AUGCAUCCCUUCAUGUCUUCUCCAAAAUCCCGUCUCUUUUCACCAUUCAAGCGUUUUAUCCAUGCCGACUUUCAUGAAAGCUUUCAAAAGAUGACAAUCGUCGAUAAGCUUCUCUUCCUGAAUGUUCAUAGUAUUGAUAAGUCAAGAACUUAUAAAUGGCACCGUUUGCCAGUGUUGUUGGGAGUUUCAUACUUGGCUAUGCGUCGUCGUCUUCAUGAUAGAUAUAAUCUGAUCAAUGUUGGCAAAACUCCGGUGGAAGGUAGGUUCGAUGCUAGUGAUGUUCCGUUCAGGACUGCUGACGGAACAUUCAAUGAUCCUUUAAAUAAAGGUGUGGGCGGUGAAGGAACUUUCUUUGGCCGGAACAUGCUCCCGGUCGAUCAGAAAGAUAAGCUAUUGAAGCCAGAUCCUAUGGUAGUGGCAACAAAACUUCUGGAACGUAAGAAGUUUAUAACCUAUGGAACACAGUUCAACAUGAUCGCUGCUUCAUGGAUUCAGUUCAUGAUCCAUGACUGGAUUGAUCACCUUGAGUCAACACAACAGAUCGAACUAAAGGCGCCCAUGGAAGUGGCACGCCAAUGCCCUCUCAAAUCAUUCAAGUUUUACAAGACUAAAGAGUUUGAUACUGGUUUUGAUGACAUUAGGAAAGGUCAUAUUAACAUCAGAACUCCUUGGUGGGAUGGGAGCGGGAUAUAUGGAAGCAAUUCGGUUGCACUGAUCCGGAUGAGAACAUUCAAAGACGGAAAGCUCAAGAUUGCAGAAGAUGGCCUUCUCCAACAUGACAAAGACGGUCUGCCCAUAGCAGGGGAUAUUCGUAACAAUUGGAUUGGGGUAUCAACUUUGCAAGCCCUCUUCAUCCUUGAACACAAUGCCAUUUGUGAAGCUUUAAAGAAAGAAUAUCAUGACUUGGAGGAUGAAGAUCUGUACCGUUAUGCAAGACUAGUAACUUCUGCUGUGAUUGCUAAAAUCCACACCAUUGAUUGGACUGUUGAGCUUCUCAAAACCGACACCCUUCGUGCUGCAAUGAGAGCAAACUGGUAUGGGAUAUUAGGGAAAAGAUUCAAGGACACAUUUGGGCACGUUGGGGGAGCCAUUUUGGGAGGUCUUGUAGGGUUGAAAAAACCCGAUAACCAUGGGGUACCCUACUCAUUAACCGAAGAGUUUACAAGCGUAUACAGAAUGCACUCUCUCUUACCUGAUCAACUUCACAUUAGGGAUGUGAACUCAGCACCGGGUCCUAAAAAGUCCCCAAAGUUGACUAAAAAGGUUGACAUGAUCAACUUGAUUGGUGGCAGAGGAGAGAAGGAAUUACUAUCAGAAAAUGGGUUUACAAGAAUGGUAUCAAUGGGACAUCAACCAUGUGGGGCACUUGAGCUAUGGAACUACCCAGUGUGGCUCAGGAAUGUGGUGCCUCAAAACGUGGACGGUUCAGAUCGUCUUGAUCAUGUUGACUUAGCCUCACUCGAGAUUUAUAGGGACAGGGAGAGAAAUGUAGCAAGAUACAAUGAGUUCCGAAGAUCACUUUUCUUGAUCCCAAUCUCAAAAUGGGAAGAUUUAACCGAAGACCCAGAAGCUAUUAAGACAUUGGGUGAAGUGUAUGAUGAUGUCGAACAGCUUGAUCUAUUGGUAGGAAUGGCUGCUGAGAAAAAGAUUAAAGGGUUCGCCAUUAGUGAGACAGCUUUUGUUAUCUUUAUACUCAUGGCAUCAAGGAGACUGCAGGCAGAUAGAUUUUUCACAAGGGAUUUCAAUGAAAAUGUGUACACGAAAAAGGGGCUUGAGUGGGUGAACACAACAGAGAGUUUGAAAGAUUUGUUGGAUCGGCACUAUCCGGGUAUGACUGAUCGAUGGAUGAACUCAACGAGUGCUUUUUCUGUGUGGGAAGAAGCACCUGAGCCUCAUAAUCCUAUACCAAUAUAUUUCCGCGUCCCUAAGUAA